AUGGCGUCUCAACAUUCGCGGAGGUCACGCGAGACCUCUCGCCCAGAAAUGACCAUCGGUCCCUACACUCGGCAUAAUAAGAUCGGACAAGGGAGCUUCGCGACAGUCUACCAAGGUGUUCACACGAAAACUCGCACCUUGGUAGCCAUCAAGUCCGUCAAUCUAUCGAAGCUCAACAAGAAGUUGAAGGACAACCUUUCUUCCGAAAUCGAUAUCCUGAAGGAUCUCCAUCACCCGCAUAUCGUCGCCCUCAUCGAUUGCCAUGAGUCUACGUCACAUAUCCAUUUGGUCAUGGAGUUUUGUGCUCUCGGGGAUCUUUCAGCUUUUAUCAAGAAGCGAGAUACUCUAUACGAUCAUUCAUCUACCCGAGACAUGAUUGCCAAAUACCCCAAUCCACCCGGUGGGGCUCUCAACGAAGUGGUAGUUCGGCAUUUCCUCAAACAACUCUCUAGCGCCCUUCACUUUCUGCGUGAGCGAGACCUCAUUCACCGAGACAUCAAGCCUCAAAAUCUCUUGCUUUGUCCAGCGCCAACUUCAUACCGGAGCGGAACGACUCAGGUUGUCCCGUACAAGGGCAGCGACGAUUCCUACGAACCAACGACGGGGCUGGAGACGCUACCGAUGCUCAAGAUUGCAGAUUUUGGAUUUGCUCGGUCUCUACCUGCCACAUCACUGGCCGAGACGCUAUGCGGGUCGCCACUUUAUAUGGCACCCGAGAUUUUGCGGUACGAGAAGUAUGGCGCCGAGGCUGAUCUCUGGUCCGUUGGCACGGUGCUUUAUGAGAUGGUAGUGGGUCGACCUCCCUUCCGGGCUACGAAUCAUGUCGAACUUCUACGGAAGAUUGAAAAGGGGGAGGACCGAAUACGAUUCCCUGAAGAGAACCCGGCAUCGGAGGACAUGAAGAAGCUUAUUCGAGGGCUUUUGAAGCGCAAUCCGGCGGAGCGGCUGAAUUUCCCCGAGUUUUUCAAGAGCAAUGUUAUUACAGAACCCAUUCCGGGUUUGAUUGCGGAUGACCUGCCCCGAGAUCGUCGGCGCCCCUCUGCAGAGCUUGGACGUGGACCUUUGCCGUACCCGACCGACGCUCGUCCUGGACAAUAUGGGCAAAAUGAUCCAAUGGUUGGGAGGGAUUCACCUUAUACCACUGAUCAGGAGGAACGUAUUGCAUACCCGCCCCCGCACCGGACGAAGUCAUCGCGGGAGAAAUCAGAAACCCUACCGCCAUCUGCUUCACCCAUGCGUCGGAUAGGAAGCGCCGACCGACCUUCAACUGGUGUUUCGAGAGAGGGCCCUAGGGGUGGAACACCGCCACAGCGACCUAGUGUAAUCGCUCACGCUACGGCACCCGGUCGACAAGAGCUUAUCGAUCGGAAUACGCCAGCAGCAGCGAUGGAACGACAGAGAAGCCGGAAAACCUAUUCUGGAAUGUCAAAGCCCGGUCAAGAUGAUCGGACGGUGGAAGAGCGCGAGCAGGCUGCUCAGGAAGUGGCAUUUGAGCGGGAUUAUGUGGUAGUUGAGAAGCGGGCGGUGGAAGUUAACGCGUUCGCAGAUGAACUGGCACAUAGUCCCCGGAUUCAAGGUGGCUUUGCUCGCGGGCCAGGUAGUUCUGCACCUCGUCGUGCAACUACUCAGGGACUUCCGACUGUGGGCUCGACCUCUCCGCAUUACACUUCCAAAGCUAUGCAGGUCAUUCCUGGACGUGCGCGAGCUGACUCGAUUCACCAACGUCAACAUUCUUACGAGCGACGAUAUGGCCAAAGCCCGACGUCUGCGACAUCUGCGAUCUCAAAGGCUCUUAAUAUGGCCAGUGGCCGUUUGUUUGGAAUGGGAUUUUCACCUCCCUUGGCUAUCACCAAAGGCGGGCGGUCGCCACCUCUCGCCUACAACCCCUUCCCGGCCUACCCGGCUGCACAAGCAAGUUUGAUGCUCAUGGGCGAUGGAAUCAAGACCACCGCAGCUGUUGAUGAGGACUGCCGGACAGUCCAGAUCAUUGAAGACUGCGCUACCCGUAGUGACGUUGUCUACGGGUUUGCAGAGGUCAAAUAUAAACAACUUAUUCCGCUGGCUCCAUCGGCCUCAACAGACCCGUCUGCGCGACAUGUUGGUGGAGGCGAGGACCCCAGUGAUUCCGAUGAUGGACUAACGGUCGACGCCAUCGUGACUCUUUCCGAGGAGGCCCUGGUUCUCUACGUGAAGGCGCUAUCCCUACUGGCCAAAUCCAUGGAUAUCGCUGGUGCUUGGUGGACACGCAAGAACCGAGAGGAUAGCUAUGGGGACUCAUCGCACCGUGGCGAUAACAGUGUACUCGCUGGCGCUCGGAUUAAUAAUGUUGUGCAAUGGGUUCGAAGCCGGUUCAACGAGGUCUUGGAGAAAGCCGAGUUUGUGCGUCUGAAGCUCAUCGAAAGCCAGAAGCGAUUGCCUCUCGAUCACCCUAGUCAUCCGGAUAAUCAUUCAGUGGGCUCUACUGUUGCCUCCGGUGGAUCCGCCGACGUGGUGGUGAGUCCUGGGGUUACGGCUGAGAAGUUAAUGUAUGACCGCGCGUUGGAGAUGAGUCGGACUGCGGCCAUCAAUGAGUUGACGAGCGAGGAUCUUGCCGGAUGUGAGAUUGCCUAUGUCACUGCCAUCCGUAUGUUGGAGGCGGUGCUAGAGGACGAUGGAUUGCACUCGACUUCGGGACAAUCACGGAACCAACAGCAUUCUUCUCAGGGUGGCGACAAGUCGACGGUGGAUGGUCUGCAGGGUGAGGAUCGUCAAGUGGUUGUUAAGUUGGUGUCUAGCAUGCGCGGCCGCCUUGCUGCUCUAAGAAAGAAGCUCGCCCUUCUGGCAAAGCGAACCUCGGGGACUACCCCGACCAUGAACAGUGGACGAAUGCCAUCGUCAAAUCUAGUCCCCGUGUCGCAUGCGACAGGAGCAACGCCACCUCGAUGA